AUGGUGAAGCCGCAGGUCGUCCAAAACGCCACCUCCGGUGGGUUUCUGACCAGUGGGUGGUAUUACGCAAAUCAGAAUUUGCUCUUUGGCAUCGUGUUGGCAAUCGCAGGAAACUUUCUCAUUAGCAUCUCUUUGAAUCUGCAGAAAUGCUCCCAUCUUCGGCUGAUGCGCCAAGCCAGUCAGAAGCCCUGUUACAGAAGCAAGCUCUGGUGGUGUGGAAUUAGUCUUAUGGGGAUUGGAGAAAUCGGGAACUUUUCAGCCUAUGGAUUUGCCUCAGUCAUGGUCAUUGCUCCACUAGGAAGCGUAGCUGUCAUCGGUAGUGCAGUUAUAUCUGUCUUAUUCUCGAAAGAGAGCAUUAGAUCUGAAGGCAUCUUAGGUGGAACUGUGACCAUUGCAGGAACAUUUUUGUUGGUGACAUUCGCUCCACGCAUUACCCAGGAACUCACAGCAAGGAAAUUACAGACUGAUUUAGUUUCCUGGCAGUUCUUGAUAUAUCUGAUCAUGGAAAUAAUAACAUUCUGCAUUCUCUUGUAUUUCCAUAAAAGAAGGGAAGUGAAGCACAUUGUGGUUUUGUUAGCAAUGGUAGCGCUGCUAGCAUCUCUGACCAUCAUUUCGACAAAAGCUGUGGCGGCCAUGAUUAUGCUUUCUGUGAAGGGGAACAUGCAGCUCAACUACCCUAUUUUUUAUCUCAUGCUAAUUCUAAUGGUGCUAUCAUGCGCAUUCCAAGUCAAGUUCUUGAACAAAGCAAUGAACCUCUAUAGCGCUGCAGAAGUCAUCCCAAUGAACUAUGUGUUCUUCACCAUUAGUGCGAUUUUCUCAGGGGCCCUGUUUUACCAGGAAUUCCAAGGUGCAGGUUUCCUGAGUGGUUUCAUGUUUCUGUUUGGGUGUUUUCUUUCAUUCAUUGGGGUGUUUAUAAUCACCCAGAACGGAGGCAAGGAACAUUUGACAAGUUUUUAUAUUGACUAUGGACACAUUCCUGGGAAGAAGAUGAGGAGCAAAAUACAGCCAGAUUCAAACAGCUUAUCCUACGGCUCUUUACGCAAUGAAGGUGACUCUGUGAAGACUCACGGCUAGAGAAAAGAGCAUCUUAAAUUCCAGUUAACAAGAAAAACCUUCUAUUUAUUGGCUUUGUAUUCAACACCACCCUUUUAUCACACAUGUUCAUUAUGUGUCAAGUUAUUUUAUCCUGACAGCUCUUACGGUUAUUUAAUCCUCUUUGAGGAUCCCCUGACUAUCACAAAUGCAUUGCAACUGAAGCCAGCUAUUGUGCCUGAAAAAAGCGAGCAGUCAUUAAAUGGACCUGGGUGUUUUCCUUUCGCAAGGGUCCUUUUUGUAAUCCCGUACUUUUCCGCGGCCAAGUGGUUCAUGUGCCGAGAUAAACAUGCGCUUGGCUCACGUGCUGCUGCUCGCCUUCUGCAACGGUCUCAUUGAUUUCCAUUUCAAUGGAAUAAUGUGAGGAGGGCAAAUCACAAUUGUGAUUCAUCCCACAUCUGCAAGGACAUAGCCUUGGAUUCUGCAGGUUGGAUCCAGGCUUAGUCGUGGUUACUGUGGACCUGUUGAAAUUGGUGGGACAAGUUAGUCAUAACUAAAUUAA